GGAAAUGAAAAAAUUGAUGAUUUCAUUCAAGAAAAGCAAUUAGAAGUUAUUAAUUAUGAUGAUAUAGUGCCUGAAUGGAUUCCAUACAAUCAGUUUAAUGAAAUUAAGGAGACAGGAAAAAAUGGUCUUAUAGCAGUAUAUUCAGCAAUAUGGAAGGAUGGUCCAUUAUACAAAAAGGAUGAACAGAGCAAUUAUGCAAGAGAUUCAAAUAAAAAAGUUACAUUAAAAUGUUUACAAAAUUCACAAAAAUCCAUUGAUUCUUUAAUAGCUGAGGCUAAAAAAUAUCCAACAAAUCAUAAAGCAUUUCAAGUAUUGUAUGGAUUAUCUCAAAAUCAAGAUACAGGAGAGUAUAUUUUUGUUCUUAUGUGGACAAGUGGAAGUGAAAAAAUUGAUGAUUUCAUUCAAGAAAGACAAUUAAAAAUUAGUAACCAUGAUAAUAUAGUGUUUGAAUGGAUACCAUACAUUCAGUUUAAUGAAAUUAAGGAGAUAGGCAAAAAUGGUCUUAUAGCAGUAUAUUCAGCAAUAUGGAAGGAUGGUCCAUUACAUAAGAUUAAUGUAUGGGACGAAAAUUAUACAAGAGAUCCAAAUAAAAAAGUUACAUUAAAAUGUUUACAAAAUUCACAAAAAUCCAUUGAUUCUUUAAUAGCUGAGGCUAAAAAAUAUCCAACAAAACAUAAAGAAUUUCAAGUAUUGUAUGGAAUAUCUCAAAAUCCAGAUACAAAUGAUUUUAUUUUAGUUUUAAAUAAUCAUUUCCAGAGAAGUGGAAAUGAAAAAAUUGAUGAUUUCAUUCAAGAAAGGCAAUUGAUUAUUAAUAAUUAUGAUGAUAUUGUGUUUGAAUGGAUAUUAUACAAUCAGUUUAAUAAAAUUAAAGAAAUAAGCAAAAAUAGUCUUAUAACAGCAUAUUCAGCAACAUGGAUUAAUGGUCCGCUGUUUUAUAGCUAUAAGUAUAGAAAUUAUACAAGAGAUUCAAAUAAAGAAGUUGUCUUAAAAUAUUUACACAGCUCACAAAAUUCCAUUAAAUCCCUAAUAAAUGAGGCUAAAAAAUAUCCAUCAAAACAUGAAACAAUUCAAGCAUUGUAUGGAAUUACUCAAAAUCCAGAUACAGGAAUCUAUCUUUUAGUUCAGAAUAAUCAUAAUGUAUGGAUAAGUGAAAAUGAAAAAAUUGAUGAUCUUAUUCAAGAAAUGCAAUUAAAAAUAAAUAAUUAUAGUGACAUAGUAUUUGAAUGGAUACCAUAUAAUCAGUUCAAUAAUACUAAGGAAGUAGGUAAAGGUGGCUUUGCUAUAGUUUAUUCUGCAAAUUGGAAAAAUGGUCCAUUAGAAUAUGAUGCAGAUAAAAAAAUAUAUAAAAGGAAUCCAAAUAGAGUAAUUGCCUUAAAAUAUUUGUAUAAUUCACAAAAUAUUAGUGAUAAAUUUUUAAAUGAGGUUAAAAAAUACUCAAUAAAUAAAACAAGCAAUAUUCUUAAUAUAUAUGGAAUAUCUCAAAAUCCAGAUACAAAAGAAUAUAUUAUGGUUCUCCAAUAUGCAAAAGAAGGCAACUUUAAUCAUUGGAUAAAUAAAAACUAUGAAUAUUUUAAUUGGAGAGAUAAACUAUCUGCAUUGCUUAAUAUUAUUAAUGGUCUUAGAGAAAUUCAUCAAAAAAGUAUAGUUCAUCGUGAUUUUCAUACUGGAAAUAUAUUAUUUUUAAGUGAGAUAUAUAAUUUUGGUAAUUGUAUAUCAAUUUCAGACAUGGGAUUAUGUGGAGAGGUUGGUAAUAUAGAUGAAAAUAAAAUUUAUGGAGUUAUGCCUUAUGUGGCUCCUGAAGUAUUAAGAAGAAAGCCUUAUAUCCAAGAAUCAGAUAUUUUUAGUUUUGGUAUGGUAAUGUAUUUUGUAGCUACUGGAAGACAACCUUUUUACAAUCGUGCACAUGAUCAUCUUCUUGCAUUAGACAUUUGUAAAGGAGUUAGACCUGAAAUAAAUGAACCAGAAGCACCAAGAUGUUAUAUUGAUUUAAUGAAAAAGUGUUGCGAUUUAAAUCCAAAUAAUAGACCAAAUAUUUUCAAAGUAAAUGAAUUGAUCAUGUCAUUUCAUAAGUCAUAUGGAAUGGAUUUUUUCAUAGUAGAAAAUGAAGAAAUUGGAAUACAAUUCAAAAAAGCAGAAGAAUAUAGAAAAGCAAAUCUUUCAUUCAUUAAAAAUUACCAAAUAGAAACCCAUCCACAAGCUAUUUACACAUCUCGGUUACUUAAUCCUUUUACAGAAGAUCUUCCAGAACAUGAUGAUGAUAAUACUCAAUGCUUAGAUCAAGUAAUCUAA